AUGGCAUCAGAUUCAAAUCUUACAAUUGCCACGAUUGAAGAUUUUUCAUCCGUUGACAUGGCACGGCUAUCGCUUAAGGGAACACCCUGUUAUAAUUCUGAAUCGCAAAUCAGAGGCGAAGAACAUCCGCAGGAAGAGCAGGCAGAUCAGAUUCCACCCAUCUUCAGCCUCCCAAGAGAGCUCAUCGGAAAUAUACAAUCAUACCUCCAGUACUAUGACCUCAAGUCCCUCCGCAGCGUUUCCAAAGCUGGCAGCGAGGCGAUUCUUCCAGAGGAUAUCAAGAAAUCCCGACUCGAGCUGAGGGCCAAACUUUGGGCCGCCGAGAAAGCAAAAUUUGCAGAAGUACAAAGCAACGAGGGACCAUUUGACAAAUGGGGAGGUCGCUGGUACUCUACUCAAAGGAAAUACAACGGAUCAAAAGGGGGUUACUUCGGCAUUUACGACUUGCUCCCUUUCACCUGUUAUUCUUGCUUCGAACAAUUGUCGAUAAGCCAUUUUUCUGACAGUCAGUCGCUCGGCCGCAGAGCUUAUGGCCAUGAAGAUGCCAGAAUGCGAUUCUGCACCACUUGCGCUAUAGAGAAGUCUAUCUGGCGCCCUGGUGAGCGUGUAAGAAUAUCCCACAAAUUGCGCAUCUUUUGCAAAGGCUGCAAAACGCUCCAGAAAGGAGAUCCCGAUUACCGGAAGUUCGGGUUUUGUUCAAAGAAGUGUCAGGAUGAGACCAAUGGUCUGUGGCAAUCAGCUACAGAGCUGGACCCUUUCCUCAAUCGUGCUGCUCGAUGCCUUGCCUGCUGGAUCACCGACCACACCGUAAGGCCAGUGGAAGGUGGCCUCAGAACUCUCUGCCCUGAAUGUGGAGCCAAGGAAGGGUUGGUGCUUUCUUCUCCAACUUGA